CAGCGGGCGCAUCUACGGGUCCGGCGUGCGUGGUCUCUCUUCGCUUGGUUCAACAGCGGGCGUGUCUUCGGCGGCUGUGGCAGGCGUCACGCUGUGGGGGCAUAACGAUUCCCAGAGAUGGACGUCCGUGGCAGCGGGCACGGUCUGCGCGAAGAGGAGAUCGACGCGGUGGCGAUGGCGGUUACUGCCGUCGUCGUGAACACAAUGGGCGGCAUGUCGUCGUCCUCAAGCGACAUGCUGACGCAGCUCCGAAAACGAAGAGCGCGGUUGCAGCGCAUUGCCGAAGCGCCGGAUUGCGUGGCCACGUGUGAGGCAAUUGUCCAGUUGUGUGCCGCGCUGUCAUCUGGCGUUUUCCCGCGGCAGACCCCACGUUGGUGGAUUAAACGACGGACUGGCGGAACAUGGGAGGAUCUCCGCCUCUGUGAUAACGCGACGGACGAGUACUACCGGCAGAAGUUGCGCAUGUCGAUGGCCAUGUUCAGGCAGAUCGUAGCCGCGUGCGCCGCGUACGUGGAGAAGAAGGUGACGCACUAUAGGAUGCCAUUGCCAGUGGAGCAGGUGAUCGCUUUCACGUUGUACAGGUGGGCGUCAGGAGAGACGUAUGAGAGCGACACGUCAGCCUUCGGCAUCGGCAGGGCAACUAGACUGCAGGCCGUCUGCGACGUCACUUCGGCGCUGCUGCAGGCGUACCCCGACACGAUCAAGUGGCCAGUUGGGCGUAGACGUGCACAGAAUCUGUGCGCAUUCCGUGACAAGGGUUUCCUGAACUGCUUCCGAGUCGGCGCGAUCGACUGUACACACAUCUACAUUGACAAGCCCGCCGGUGCACCUUCGGACAACUACUACGACCGCAAACAGAAGUUCUCCGUGCAGGCGCAGGUGGUGGUGGAUUUGGAUGUGCGGAUCCUCGACGUCCACAUCGGAUACCCGGGAAGUGUGCACGAUGUCCGUGUCCUGUACAAUUCCCUACUGUGGAGGCGUGCAGAAGCUGGCGAGCUGUUCGACGCACCUCCGGAGAAUCUGCCGCACGGUGUCGUCACGCGAGGUUACCUGCUGGGUGACAACGGUUAUCCAGUUGCCUGUCCAUGGAUCGUGCAGCCGUACGGAGGAAUCGACCAAGAUCCUGACGAGGAGCGCUUCGACACGCGGCAGAAAGUGGCGCAUGGGUGUGUGGAGAGGGCAUUUGGGCGACUGAAGUGCAUGUGGCUUCUGUUCUUGCGCACCCACAAGACGAACCUAGAGACCUUGCCACAACAAUUUGUGGUCGUCUGCACUCUCCACAACAUCCUCCUCGACGCGGGGAUCGACUUCGAUGAGAACCUUUUGUGGGAGGUGGAUGAGAACGGCAUUCGGCGUAGAGUAGACUUGGCCAUUGUGGGGAACGACGCAGGCGGGCAGCGACGGAGCACGAACGUGGACGGGGAGUUGUUGUGGGAUGCACUUCGAGACCGCCUAGCUCUGAUGUAGGACCGUGCAGACGGGAGGUGGAGGGGAAGGAGGGGGGAGGAGGGGGGUUGGGGGGGGUUUGGGUAGGGGGCGAUAGCACGUGGGUUGGUGCGAUCGGCAGGCGGGUGGAAUUGACACGUGACCCGCGUCCAUUGGCGUCGUGCGCAAAGUCG